UACCGCCCCUUCCGCCUCCGGCCGCGCGGGCCGGGCUGAGGCGGCACCCCCGCGGGUGCGGGUACGGUGCGAGGGAGGAGGUGCCGAGCACCUCUGGAGGGUUCUCCCAUGGCGAAGCCGAGACACUCCUGGAGCCGUGCAUCGGCGGGGAAGGAGGAGGAUGAGGAGGGCGAAGACCCCCUGGAUGCCAGGAUCGCCCGGACAGGCUGCCUGGAGCAGCACCGGGAGCUGCAGGAGUGCAUGGAACAGCACCGGGAUUGGCGGCACUGCCAGACACAGCUCCGGGCAUUCGGAGCCUGCAUGGCCCGGCGGGAACAGCGGGAACAGGGACAGAGCCAGGCACACCCUGCACAGUGACACCACCCGGGACCCCCAGGAAUGGGGGAGCUGUGCCUUUCACCCCCCUUUUAUUGUGUGAUUUUUUUUUUUUUUUUAUCCAAGUGCCGGGAAAUCCACGUGGGAAAUUAAAUCUGGGAAUUUAAUCGUC